AUGGCUUUCGACAGCAGCAUUUUCGAAGAAUACACCAAGUGGGUGGUCAGCGAGGUUGAACCUGGUUUCAUUCACGUCCAGUACAACAACCCCAAGACACUCAAUGCCUUCACUGAAGAAGACUGGAGAGCCUACCAUGCCAUUCUCGACUGGUUGGACUCCGAUCCAAGCACCAACAUCAUUUUGAUUUCUUCAAAGGUUGAGAAGGCUUUCUCCAGUGGUUUGAACUUGAAGGCUGCCAUGUCCUUGAUGAAUGGAAAGGAGGACUGGAGCUUCGAGAACAAGAAGAAGUUCAUGUACAAGCACAUUAUUGACUUCCAGGAUGCUAUCACCAAGCCAGCUAGAAUGAGCACUCCUACCAUUGCUCUUUUGAACGGUGUCUCCUACGGUUUGGCUUUGGAUAUUGCCUCCGCCUGUACCAUCAGAUUGGCAGUUGAGGGUGUCAAGAUGUCCAUUAGAGAAAUCAAGAUCGGUAUUGUCGCUGACAUGGGUUCUUUGCAGAGAAUGACCAACCUUGUCAACAACAAGUCUAAGAUGUAUCAGUUGGCCUUGACUGGUGAUGUCUUUGGUGCCAAGGAUGCCUUGGACUUGGGCUUCGUCUCUGAAGUUGUUCCUGACUUGAAGACUGGUGUUGAGCGUUGUCUUGAAUUGGGCCUGCUGAUCAACGGUAACGCACAGUGGGCCAUCAAGGGUACAAAGGACUCUAUCCAGUACAUGGUCAAUGGUGGUACUCACGAGCAAGGCUUGGCCAACAUUGCCGAGUACAAUUCCAUCAACCUUGUCGGUGGUAUCACCGCCGGUAUGCCUCCAAAGCUUUAA